GGUAAAGGUCUUUUUGCUAAAAAGAGCAUCAAGAAGGGAGACACCAUUUUUACUGAGCGGCCUCUUGUUUCUGCACAGUUCCUGUGGAAUGAGCUGUAUAAAUAUAAAGCCUGUGAGUACUGUUUGCGUGCUUUGGAGACUGCAGAAGAAAAUGCCCGUAGGCUCAGCGGUAACCCUGCACUCAGCCUUCCUCAUGCUGAACUCUGUUGUGUUCAUCCAGAACUUCACCAAGCCUGUCCUCAGUGUCAGGUGAUGUACUGCAGCAGCGAAUGUCGACAAGCUGCUGCGGAUCAGUACCAUCAGGUUCUGUGUCUGGGUCCAUCUCAGGACGACCCAAAUCAUCCCAUAAACAAGCUCAAAAACACAUGGAGGAGCAUGCAUUAUCCCCCUGAGACCUCCAGCAUAAUGCUUAUGGCCAAAAUGGUAGCUGCUGUCAAACAGGCCAAAGACAAAGCUCAUUGGCAGAAGCUGUUUUCACACUUCUGCAGUCGGACAGCGAAUGAGGAAGAAGAGAUCGCCCAUAAGCUCCUGGGAGAGCAGUUCAGGGGGCAGCUGGCUGUGUUAAACGGCCUUUUCACUGCAGCACUUUAUGACGAUCACCUCAGUCGGUGGUUUGUUCCGGAGGGCUUCUGCUCUUUGUUUGCUCUGGUGGGAACCAAUGGUCAGGGAAUCGGCACCAGUUCGUUGAGUCAGUGGGUUCACGGCUGUGAUGCACUGGAGCUCCCUGCCCAGCAGAGGGCGCAGUUGGACUCUUUUAUUGACCAGCUCUACAGGGACAUUGAAAAAGAAACCGGAGACUUUCUGAACUGUGAGGGCUCUGGACUCUUUCUGCUUCAGAGCUCCUGUAACCACAGCUGCAUCCCAAAUGCAGAAGCUUCCUUCCCUGACAACAAUUUCCUGCUUCACCUCAGUGCCCUGAGUGACAUCAGCCCAGGAGAGGAGAUCUGCAUCAGCUACUUAGAAUGCUGUCAGCGGGACCGAAGCAGACACAGCAGACACAAGAUUCUGAGGGAGAACUACCUGUUCAUCUGCUCGUGUCCAAAGUGUGUGUCCCAGAUGGACGAGCCAGAUCUGACAUCCGAGGAAGAAGAAGAGGAGGAAGAAGGCGAGGCAGAAGGGGAAACGGAGGGGGAUGAGAUGGAAGAUGAGAUGACAGAUGUUUGAUGAAAGACUCGGCCGUAAUGCUCUCGGUUGUUCCUGUUUCUGCAAGCUAUGAAGCCAAAAACAAUAAAAGAGCAGUUCAGAUCAUGAUCUGCAUGUCAAAGGAGCUGCUCAAAAGUGUGGAACCGUGUCGUAUAAGCGGCAUAUUAAUGGCUGUUUUCAAAGUGUUACAACACCAACCCGACAUAAACCCGCAGGCCGAGGGUUUGUGGGGGGCUUAACUAUUAAGAUGUACAAAAAUCACCUCUUAAACCUGCAACCGUUGACUUUCUUUUUUUCAAAUGGAUGAUUGUCAUGUCAACGCCUAUGUUGGUUGGCUCAAAACCACACAGGGAACAAAAUCAGUAUUCAAGUGGUUUCUGGCACUCAGCAGGUGUGCAGAGAAGUUUGUAAGGUUUGAGCACUUUGAGUAAAGCAUGGCAGAGUUUAAUAAAUCAGCCUGCGUUUAAACAAAUCCACUGUCUUUUGAGAAAAAAGUCAUUAACAGAGUGAAGCUUUAGCAGAUAAAUGCAGACCUGCUGCCUUUGUGUUUUAAUUUGAUUCAAAAUAAAGACCCUACAUAGCCCCUACUACUAAGAUGGCCACUAUCAAAUAAUUGUGAUUUUAAUGGCUGUACAAACGAUAAGGACAUUUGAAUCUUUCAUUGGCAGAAAAUUGUUUUUUAGAAAUGAAAAAUAAAAAAAUAAAACCCAUUAGAACUUUUUUCCCCAAAAUCUUCAGUGUUCCUAAAUGUACCCUCAUAAGGACAAAGUGCAUCUUGACCUUGAAAUGCCUGAUUAAACGCAUAAAGAAUAUUUUUCCAUACAACUCGAGUGUGUGGAGUCAUGCUGGAAUGUGUUUAAAUGAGCACAAAGACCAACUAUUUGAUUUUCUUAUUGUGACCAUAUUAUGAUUGCAAAACAUUAAUUCACACCUGAAACACAAAAACGAACUGAAAUGUGAGUUUUUAUCUCAAAUAGGAGUUUGCAGUCGUGAAAGUUGGUGUCUUAAAGGCGUAGUUCAGAUCAGAAGUGAGUUUCUGGUGAAAGCUUAUGAACAAGUCAUGGCCUCAGGAGAAAUAUAGAUUAGUUCUUAUGAAAGAGAUCAGCUAACAUUAGGGCCUAGUUACUAAAGCUGGGUGUGCUCGUUUUUAACAGCAUGACUUCCUUGCAGAGCAAAGCUCAAGAGUCAUGUUCUCACGCUGUAUGAUCCCAUGCCCUUGUGCGA